AUGCACUUGCUAGCCGGAGCUGCAAUUGCAGCAUUCACAAGCACAUGUCUCGCUUCCCCGGGCUAUCUCAAACUGGAUGUCGAACGACGUGCACCGCUGGACCGUCGCCUGGUUCGCAGACAGAACUCGGAUGGCAGUUUCGACGCCCCAGUGACGCAAAACACCAACAAGCUCGAAUACUUGGUCAACAUCACAGUAGGCACCCCGGCUCAACGCCUUGCUGUCACUCUGGACACGGGUUCUUCUGAUCUAUGGGUACCGGCAGCCUCGGCACCUCUCUGCAGAAAAGGCGGGUGCGAUGCUGGAACGUUUGAUCCGAGCGCCUCGAGCACCUACAACGUAAUUGACGAAGGUGGUUUCAACAUUACUUAUGCCGCCCCAGGAGACAGUGAUGCUGGCGAUUGGGCCACCGACACCAUCACCGUCGGCGGUUCUGACCCCAUUCGAGACCAGCAGAUUGGUGUGGCCUUGUCUCUGUUCGACUCCCAUGGAGUCAUGGGCGUGGGCUUCGAUACCAAUGAAGCCAACAAUCCAAGUCCCGACGGUGUGUAUCCGUCAGUCAUGGACAAUCUACAAUCUGCUGGCAUCAUCAACCGAAAGGCUUACAGCCUUUACUUGAACGACCUUCAGGCAAACAAGGGCUCGAUCAUCUUUGGAGGAAUCGACACCACCAAGUACACCGGCGAUCUGGUCGCUCUUCCUCUACAGGCAGGACCGGAGGGAUACGUAUCCGAGUUCUACGUCACCCUGACCAGCGUCAGUUUCACCGAUCACACAGGACAGACGACACAAUUGUCGCCUGAAGGUUAUGCACAGUCGGUCCUGCUUGAUUCAGGCACGAGUCAGACCCUUCUCACCGACGAUGUUUUCAGCGCGUUAGCCAACGGCUUCGGGGCAGUGGACAUUGGCCAAGGAAGUUACGUCGUGCCUUGUAAAUUCGCCGGCAUCAACGGAACGAUCAGUUAUUCCUUCGGCGGCGACGGUGGCGUCACCAUCGACGUGCCGGUAUCACAAGUGGUGGGCAAUCUAGAAUUUCCCCCCGAGAACUUUGCAGACAAAUCUGGAGGCUGUGACUUUGGCUUCGGACCCCCCAUUGGCGGGUUCAGUAUCCUUGGGGACACUUUCUUGAGAAGUGCAUAUGUAGUCUACGACAUCAGCAAUGGUGUCGCAGCUCUGGCCCAGGCAGCCGAAAAUCGAACCAGCACGUCCAGCAUUGCUGUGAUUCCCACAGGAACCACUAUCCCAGGGGCAUCGGUGACGGCCACCGCUACCGGCACGCAGAUCCCCGAUGCUCAAGCGACAGAAGAACCGGCCGUGCCAACGGCGAGCGUUCAAGGCACGUCUUUGGUCCUCACUGGGACGCCCACCUUCAACCUAGGCGCGGCAACGACGGCGGCGGCCACGGGGACAGCAGCAGCCACGACAACAUCAUCCGGGAGAGCAAACGCCGCAGCAGCACCCACGGCGGCACUGCUAGGUUUAGGUCUGGCAGCCGGAGUCAUGGUGUUGUAG